GAGUGGGUGGUGGGAAGACGUAUGCAGGUCAAUAUACAGUAUAACUCUAUGCUGAACGGGUCUAACUGGAAUGCGCAAUUGCGCAUGUCUUUGGCUAAUACUUGUCUUGAUUGAGAGCCGUAAACAUACCUAGUAAACCGUCAUCACAAAAAACGCGUACUGGUACGAGUCAGAGGGCAAUACAAAUAGUUUCGUUCGACAGCUGUAUUUGAUAAAUUUCUUAAAGUCUAAUGUAGCCAAAAUUUCGGGAUGAAAGAAUCAUGCUGUGCAUUGUUUUGCAAAUGUACUUCAGUGGUUUCUAGUGCAGAGGGAAUAAGCUAACUGGGCAGGCUGCACUUCGAGCGCAGUUGCAAUGCUCUCUAAACACGAGAAGGAGCUUCUUGUUAUCAUUUGGGAUAAAAUGUCCCUUAUAGCUGAAGACAUCGGUUCUGAGGCACUUUUAAGGAUGUUUACGGUAUUUCCAAAAACCAAGACCUACUUUGCCCACUUAGACAUCAGUCCUCGAUCACCACAUCUUCUUUCUCAUGGGAAAAAGAUUGUUUUGGCGAUAGCAGACGGGGCACGGAACAUCGAUUCGCUGACCACCACACUGGCACCUCUCAGCGCAUUGCAUGCCUACCAGCUGAGGAUAGAUCCUACUAAUUUCAAGCUCCUGUCUCACUGCCUCCUGGUGACAUUGGCUGCAAAGAUGGCUGAUGAGUUCACAGCUGUUUCACAUGCCGCCACGGAUAAGUUCCUCUCAGCGUUCUCUGCUGUGCUCGCUGAGAAAUACCGAUAGGACGCUUUGUCAAGACAAACAAGCUACGUGGUGUGUUACAGACUGGAAAUAGCCCCAAAUAGUGCUUCUGAAACUAGGUCCUGGGGGACCCUGUGUAUGUUGGUUUUCAUUCGAAGUUGCAAUCCCAGAAUUUAAACUAGCCGUUUAUUUUCCUUGAUUGCGCUUUUUGUGUCUUGAGGGAUUACUUAGCCCCUAAAGCCAUAUCCUGUCAGAAAUAUCUAUGCAUGCCAUGAAGAAUACAAUCCCAUGUUCAUAUUGUGCUUAUUGUACUAUUUAUGAACAAUUAAUAAGAAUAAGAAUUAACUGAUCAAAUUAGACUGAUGUGUGUCGAUAUACUCCUAAUUGGUGAACGCGUAGACACAUGGCCACCAAAACUAACAAUUUUGUAGAUUAUGAGGAAUUCAAAGAGAAAACAAAGAUAAUGAGCCAAACUUGUAUUGUGUUAAUAAAAUUAAGAAUAGAAUUAUGAUAUUAUUUAAAAACAUGUGGUCAUCCGUCUUAGCUAAGCAUGGAUGUUGGCUGUAACAAAACCAGCAUACUGGUUUAUGUGUUCUAUUUUUGUAAUUAAACUUAUAAUAAAACUAAAUUAUACUGUUGUGUUUCUCUCUUUAUCUUUCAGUGUAUUAGUGUCAAGAUGGUCCUUAUUUUUGUCGCUGUGUAUUCUGAAAAUAAAACCACUGACACAAUAAA